AUGACGAUCAACGCCGAGGCCAGCAGCUCCAAGCACAAGAGCAAGCGGAGCAAGGAGGAGAGGCGGAGCAAAAAGGAUAAGAAGGCCAAGGUGCCCAAGGCCAAGGCCGUGGUGGAGGGUCCAUUCGAGCACCGCGUCCAGCGGAUGCGACUGAGCGUGCCGCCCAAGUACGCUGCAGACUGGCUGGCGGGAGUCAACGAGACACUGGAUGGCAUGCUUAUGCGCUAUGUUGGGCAGAUGGGCGGUGUGCUGCUCACGCACUGGGAGCACGAGGUGAUGGACGACACGGUCAAGAUUGUCAACGAGUGUCCGUUUGGCGUGUGCGACGUGUCGUUCCACUCGAUCAUCUGGGCGCCCAAGGUUGGGCAAGUGCUGAACGGGACUCACUCGCUGUCCUCCCCAUCGCAUCUGUCACUGCUCUUCGCCAAGACGUUCAACGUCUCCAUCCCGUUGCAGCACAUCCCUCAGGACAAGUACGAGUUUGAACACGCCGACCUGCCAGAGGAGGACCUCUCGAGUGACGAAGAGGACGACGUUGGUGAGAGCGUGCACGAGGUGGGCCGUUGGAAGGAGGCUGGGGGCAAGGUGCUGGGCGGGGGUGGCGAGCGCGUCGCGUUCACCGUCAUCGGAUUGCACGUCACGAACCACAUGCUGUCGUUGACGGGCUCCCUGCUGGCGGACCCUAGCAAGCCGCAGGCGCUCCCAGAAACCGCUCGGCGCAGCCCUUCACCUGAACUUCUCGAGAUGCCUAGGCGCCAGCGCAAGGAACAGGUCAUGGAUACACCUGUCAAGAUGCCAGCCAAGACGUCAACCAAGGCGACACCGGCCAAGACGGCCAAGACGCCGGCCAAGAGCGUCCCAGCUACUCCGGCGAUCGACGAGAGCAAGCUCAGCGCGCGCGAGCUCAAGAAGCUGCGCAAAGAGCAGGAGAAGGCCAAGCGUGACGCGCGCAAGGCUCGUAAGGCUGAGGAGGAGGAGGAGGGAGAGCCUGCGAGCUUGAAACGCAAGGCGGACGACACCGAGGGCCCACGGAAGAAGCGCAAGGAGUAG